AUGACGUCAGAACUGGACGGGUCCGAGCUGCAGUGCUGUGUGGUUGUGGAGCACCUGAACGCAUCAGGCCAGGCCACGCGCAGGCAGGUCACGCGCAAAGCCUCCGUGCUUCUGGGGCGCAACGAGUUCCAGGAGCUGGUCCUCCGGAUCCAUGACGACAGAGUAGUACCACAGAGUUACACGCUGAAAGACUUCAAACUCUUCACCAAGUUCUCCAGAGAGGGCAAGUGCACCGUCAAACUGCACCCUGAGAACAUCCAGGUGCUUAUCUCCAACUGCCCACCAAACCAGCUCAGCAUCUUCCUCAGAACUCUCAGCAUCAAACACCUGGCCUGGAAGAGCAGCAAGCCACUGAGCAACAGGGAGAAGCUCCAAGCCGGGCUGACCCGCAGCUUUGAGGCCAUCAGCCCCCUGCAGAGCAAAGACGUCCAGAAGGCCAACGAGCUGAGGGCCAAAGCGCUGACAGACUGCACCAACAAGACUGGGCGACAGGUCAAAAGGUCAAGCAGUGACACCAGCUUUAGCCCAGUGAAGGCAAACCCGAAUAAGAAGCCGAUCCUGUGUUUGCCAACAGCACGGAAACUGAAUAAGGAGCAAGCAGCCGUCCUCCGUGUGGUGCUGAGUGGAAAGAACCUCUUUUUCACUGGAAGUGCAGGCACAGGAAAGUCCUUUCUACUCAAGAGGAUUAUCGGAUCUCUUCCUCCGAAAACUACUUUCGCCACAGCAAGCACCGGAGUGGCUGCUUGUCACAUUGGAGGAACCACAUUACACAGCUUUGCUGGUAUCGGUUCUGGGUCCGCUCCACUAGAGCAGUGUAUUGAGCUGGCUCAGAGGCCUGGUGUGCUGCAACACUGGACCAGUUGUCGUCAGCUCAUCAUCGACGAGAUCUCUAUGGUGGAUGCACAGUUCUUUGACAAGCUGGAGUCUGUAGCUCGGUCGGUCAGGAGAUCGACUGAGCCAUUUGGAGGCAUCCAGCUGAUUGUGUGUGGGGACUUCCUCCAGCUGCCUCCUGUCUCGAAGGGAAAAGAAAAGCCCAGCUUCUGUUUCCAGGCCAGAAGUUGGAGGAAGGUCAUCCAUGUCAACAUGGAGCUAACAGAAGUGCGGCGACAGACGGACCAGUCUUUCAUCUCCCUCCUGCAGGCAGUACGAGUAGGCAGAGUGACAGAAGAAGUCACUGCCAAGCUGAUGCGAAGCGCCUACCACUGCAUUGAGAGGGACGGCAUUCUAGCAACCAGGCUGUGCACUCACAAGGACGACGUGGAACUCACCAAUGAAAACAAGCUCCAGCAGUUGCCAGGGUCGAUGCGUGUCUUUGAGGCAGUGGACAGUGACCCGGCUCUGGUGAACAUUAUAGACGCUCACAGCCCUGUCAACAGACGGCUCCAACUCAAAGUGGGCGCUCAGGUCAUGCUGACAAAGAACCUGGAUGUUCCUCGAGGUCUGGUCAAUGGAGCCAGAGGAGUUGUGGUGGAUUUUGAGUCUGGCAAACAUGGACUCCCUCGGGUGCGCUUCCUAUGCGGUGUUACAGAGGUACUGAAGCCAGAGCGCUGGGUGCUGAAGUCUAGAGGUGGGGUCCAUCUCUGUCGACAGCAGCUGCCACUCAAACUUGCUUGGGCCAUUUCCAUCCACAAAAGUCAGGGAAUGACACUGGACUGUGUGGAAAUCUCACUGGCACGUGUGUUUGAGAGUGGCCAGGCUUACGUGGCACUGUCUCGGGCUCGGAGCCUGGAGGGUUUGAGGGUCAUGGACUUUGACCCCCGCGUGGUCCAGGCAGAUUCAGAUGUUCUUCUUUUCUACAAGAAGCUGAGGAAGGAGCGACUACUUGUACAGGCUUCCAUGGAUGAGUUUGUGAGAGAAAGCAACGGCAAAGAGAACUGGUGGUGACGAGAUGCUCUGCAGCUUCUGUAACUGUAUGCACCAUGUGCAGACUUUACCCCCUUUUUUUUUUUUUUUUUUUUUAAA